CCAUCUCGUUUCGUUUCCGUUCACCCCCCUCGCCCUGCUCGCUCGCUCCCUAACCACAUCUCGAGCGCGCUCUUGGCGGCCGCCCCCACGCCUCCGUGCUAGUGCCGUGAUCCGACGCGCCGCUCUUGGAGGUGAGGAUCCCUGUCGCUCGCCGGCGCGGUGCGAGGUCGGGUGCCGUAUUAGGAUCGUGCCGCCUCCGCCGAGCCUUGGUUCGCGGGCCCGGAUUUGGCGCGCUUGAUUUGCAGCUGGGGAAGCAUCAAAAGGGGAACGAGAAUUAGCUAGCUCUGCAGAGGACACGGGCUUUCACGCCCCUCGCGCGCAGCGCGUACGCUCUGCUUGAAUAAAUUGGAAGUCCUCCAAACUUCUAAUGGCUUCAGAUAUCUCUGUUGAUAUUCGGCCGGACUUUAACUCAUUUGAUCAUUUUCUAAGCAUGCGAUAUGUUGCAACAGAUAGACCCUGGAUGAAAUUAUAUGGGAUAAGAGUUCAGCCUGUGCUGCCAUUCAGAAGUUUGAGCUGCAAACCUGAUCCGGCACUUAUUCAUCAGUGCCUACCUGAUGAACUACUUCUUGAGAUUUUCACAAGAAUGAACCCAUAUACUUUAGGGAGGGCUGCAUGUGUCUGCCGCAAGUGGAAAUAUACUGCACGUAAUCCUACUUUGUGGCGCGCUGCAUGCUUGAAGACCUGGCAGAGGAGUGGAAUGGAGGCAAACUAUAUGAUGGUUCGGUCAUUGUAUGAUUCUUCUUGGAGGAGAAUGUGGCUGCAGAGACCAAGAAUUCGAAUUGAUGGUCUCUAUGUGAGCAGGAACACCUAUAUUCAUACUGGAGUUACAGAGUGGCAAUUCAAGAAAACUGUCAAUGUGGUUUGCUACUACCGUUACUUGAGAUUUUUCCCUAGCGGGAAGUUCCUCUAUAAGAUUUCCCCAGAUAAAGUUAAAGAUGCUGUCAAGUGCAUGCAUUUCCGGGCAUCAAAGGCUGAUUGUGUGUUUAAAGGCGACUAUGUACUGUCAGAGGAUGGCCAGAUAGAAAUGGCACUCCUGUAUCCAGGGCAUCGGUACACACUUGUUAGGAUGUGCCUUAGGCUUAGAGGCACCAAAAUUGGUGCAAACAACAGGUUGGACGUGCUAAAGAUCCUAACCACUGGAGUGAAUGCAACGGAACUGAAAAACUGGACAGGCAGCAUACUUGAACUUGUUGAGGGCUGGGAGGAGGAUGAGACACAUGACCCUGAUGUCCCUGCCGUUUCCCACAGCAGGGGCUUGUCUCCCUUUGUAUUUGUUCCGUUUGAGGAGGCUGAUACUUCAGUGCUAAACCUCCCAGUGGAGAAGAUGGACUACUAUGUCCCUGGGUGAGCUCCUCAUGACGACGUAUGACGGAGAUGAUUGAUGGCCCUAUUGCAGGUUGGGGUGAUGAUAAUGGAGAUGAUCAGCGAUUUCAUUUCCUCGAGUAACUCUUGCUAUAGCAAUAUGUAAAUAUGCAAAUGUUGUUGUAUUUCCUCUUUUCAGGUUACCUGUACGCAGCUGUAUGAAUAAUUAUACAUUAUGUUUGUUGAUGCUUGGAAACACACUAGGCAGGAAAUAAGUUCUUCGUUUGUUGAUGCUUGAAAACAGGGUGGGAGGAAAUGAAGCUGUGUGUCAAAACGAGUGGAACCACCCUUUUGAAUAUUGUGACUCUGUACUAUAGAAACAAGCAGUCAAUCAUUGUAAACUCAUGAAUCUGAAUAUGCAUUUUCUGAUUGUACAGUUAAAA